GCAAAAGCGCCGGCGGAGCGCCGCGAGAGGGUGGGUGCCGCGUGCGCCUGGGGACCCGCUCGGGAUGGGGACGCGCUGGGCGACCCUCCGUCGCGCGGCGGAGCUCCUGGUGCUCCUCCUCAGGUGCUUGCGGCCGGCCGAGCCCUCAGGCCGCACAGGCAAUGAUCCAUUCACCAUCGUCAGUGAAAACACGGGCAAGUGCAUCAAGCCACUGAAUGACUGGAUAGUAGCGAUGGACUGUGAUGGAAGUGGGGACAUGUUGUGGAAGUGGGUGUCCCAGCAUCGGCUCUUUCAUUUGCAAUCCCAGAAGUGCCUUGGGCUAGGUAUUACCAAACCCACAAUUUCCUUGAGAAUGUUCAGCUGUAACUCCAAUGCCUCACUGUGGUGGAAAUGUGAGCACUACUCUCUGUAUGGAGCUGCCCAGUACCGACUGGCUCUGAAGAAUGGACAUGCUAUAGCAAGUACAAAUUCAUCUGAUGUCUGGAAGAAAGGAGGCACAGAGGAAAACCUCUGUGACCAGCCUUAUCGUGAGGUAUAUACCAGAGAUGGGAACUCCUACGGAAGACCUUGUGAAUUUCCAUUCUUAGUUAAUGGGACCUGGCAUCAUGAGUGCAUUCUUGACGAAACUUACGGUGGGCCAUGGUGUGCAACCACCUUAAAUUAUGAAUAUGAUAAAAUGUGGGGCAUCUGCUUAAAACCAGAAAAUGGCUGUGAAGAUAAUUGGGAAAAGAAUGAGCAGAUUGGAAGUUGCUACCAAUUUAAUACUCAAGCCACUCUUUCUUGGAAGGAAGCUUACAUUUCAUGUCAGAAUCAAGGAGCUGACUUACUGAGCAUCAGCAAUGCUGCUGAAUUAACUUAUCUUAAAGAAAAAGAAGGCAUUCCAAGGAUUUUCUGGAUUGGCCUAAAUCAGCUGUACUCUACUAGAGGCUGGGAAUGGUCAGACCAGAAGCCAUUAAACUUUCUCAACUGGGACCCAGAUAUGCCGAGUGCACCAAUGAUCAUAGGUGGAUCAAGCUGUGCAAGAAUGGAUGCCAUGUCUGGUUUAUGGCAGAGUUUUUCCUGUGAAGUUCAAUUGCCCUAUGUCUGCAAGAAACCCUUAAAUAACACGGUGGAGUUAACAGAUGUUUGGACAUAUUCAGAUACACACUGUGAUGCAGGCUGGCUGUCAAAUAAUGGGUUUUGCUAUCUGCUGGUAAAUGAAAGUGAUUCCUGGGAUAAGGCACAAACAAAAUGCAAAGCCUUGAGCAGCGAUCUCAUCAGCAUUCAUUCUUUAGCAGAUGUGGAGGUGGUUGUCACAAAACUCCAUAAUGGGGAUGCCAAAGAAGAAAUAUGGAUAGGUCUUAAGAACAAAAAUGUACCAACUUUAUUUCAGUGGUCUGAUGGUACAGAAGUUACUCUAACAUAUUGGAAUAAGAAUGAGCCAAAUGUUCCCUACAAUAAGACUCCCAACUGCGUUUCCUAUUUAGGAAAGCUAGGUCAGUGGAAAGUCCAGUCAUGUGAAGAGAAACUUAAAUAUGUAUGCAAGAAAAAGGGAGAAAAAAUGAACGAUACAACAUCUGAUAAGAUGUGUCCUCCAGAUGAGGGCUGGAAAAGACAUGGAGAAACCUGUUACAAGAUUUACAAAGAUGAGGUCCCUUUUGGAACCAACUGCAACCUGACUAUAACUAGCAGAUUUGAGCAAGAAUACCUGAAUGAUAUGAUUAAAAAGUAUACUAAAUCUCCAGGAAAAUACUUCUGGACUGGCCUGAGAGAUAUGGAUUCACAUGGAGAGUAUAGUUGGACAGGUGUUGGUGGAGUAAAGCAAGCUGUAACUUUUUCCAACUGGAAUUUUCUUGAGCCAGCUUCCCGAGGUGGAUGUGUGGCUAUGGCUACUGGAAAUUCUCUUGGAAAGUGGGAGGUGAAAGACUGCAGGAAGUUCAGAGCACUUUCAAUUUGCAAGAAAAUAAGUGGGCCCGUUGAGCCUGAAGAAGUAGUCCCCAAGCCUGAAGACCCUUGUCCUGAAGGCUGGUAUAGUUUCCCCUCAGGUCUUUCUUGUUAUAAGCUGUUUAAUAUAGAAAGAAUCGUAAGAAAAAGGAACUGGGAGGAAGCUGAGAGGUUCUGCCGAGCUCUUGGAGGACACCUUCCCAGCUUCACUCAGAUGGAGGAAAUAAAGGGAUUUCUUCACUUCCUCAUGGACCAGUUCAGUGACGAGCGUUGGCUGUGGAUAGGUUUGAAUAAAAGGAGCCCAGAUUUACAGGGAUCCUGGGAGUGGAGUGAUCAUACACCAGUGUCUACUAUCUCAUGGAAAAUGAGUUUCAGCAGGAUUAUGAUAUCAGAGACUGUGCUGCUGUCAAGGAAUGAACGUAAAAGCUUUCCUCAUUGUGGGAAAAGGAAUGAAACCAGCACAAAAGAAAAUGAAAAAGAUGACCACUGUAUCUUAUAA